CGUAGCGCAAACAUAGUGCUGUGGUAGCCGGGAGCAUAAUUUCACAACAAUCAAGAACAGAGUGGCGCUUGUGAAGGCAGCUUGGAUUACGCUGAACGUGUAAACGACAGAUCCCUCACUGUUUGACAUAUACUCGUUGCAACAGGUUACUGCAAUGGAAAAGUUUGUGGUUCAGGGAAAGAAUAAACGCUCCUGCACCACUGAUGCAAGAAGUCCAUGGAAGAAGAUCAAACCGAGUGAUGAGAGGAUGGAGCAGCAGCAGGAGGAGGAAGACGCUUUAGCAGAGUUCUCUCAUCCUGUUCCCUGGCAAAAAAUAGAGGCAGAGGGACUAGACUGCGAUUAUGCUCUGCUGUUCUCCAAAGAGGAAGCUGACCACCUUUUUAAACAGCUGGAGGAGGAGGUGGUGUACUCAACAGGGGAAGAAGCAAAGGUCCAGGUGUUUGGAAAGGUGUACAAUAUCCCGAGAAAGCAGGCGACAUAUGGAGAUGCAGGUCUAGCCUACACUUAUUCUGGGGUGACACGGUUAGCCUCUCCAUGGACUCCAACAUUGGAAUAUAUUCGGGAUUCUGUCACAAAAGCAACCGGACAAACAUUUAACUUUGUUCUGGUCAACAGUGUUCUUCUCUCCUCCAGGUACAAAGACGGGCAGGAUCACAUGGGUGAGCAUCGGGAUGACGAGAAAGAGCUGGACCCCCUCUGUCCCAUCGCCUCUGUUUCUCUGGGAGCGGCACGAGACUUUAUCUUCCGGCACAGAGAUGCUCGGGGAAAACAGAGCCGGCGACAGAUUGAACUCGUGAAGCUGGAACUCGCUCAUGGGAGCCUGCUCCUCAUGAACCCACCAACCAACACUUUCUGGUACCACAGCCUCCCUGCUCGCAAGAAGAUUUUCCUACCUCGUAUCAACCUCACCUUUAGACGCAUCCUGCUAGACAGAAAGAAAUUACAUCAUGGAUUAUCAUCUGGGCCUAAGAAACAUCUGAUUAAAGGGGCUCCAAGUUAGGCUUAAUGUAGAUAAGCCCCCUUGCUGUCAUUGGGCACAUGGCCACAUAUCACCAAUCUAAAGUGUUUGUUACUGUAGCAGCUGAGUCUGAGGGACUAAAUGACAGCACAAGGUGAAAUAACUGAGGACUGUCAAGUGGGACUCUGGAGAUUAAGCACAUUUCACAGUGAAUUAGUGGUUUUAAAAUGACCCAAAUCUCUGACUGACUCAAGGUCAAACUACCACUAAAGCUCCUUUCAUCAGGUUCAGUUUUAUGUAGCAGCUGGCAAUGUUAAUGUUAAUAAAAACAAUUCUUCACAGUUCAAUCUCCUUGGGAAAAGUAUGGGUUGUCAUUGAGCGCAGACCAUAUUGGUUACAUUUAGCUUCUUGUGUUGCAUUAGAAUACACUUUGCACUGAAUUUCUACAAGUUCAUAAUUUUGGCAAAAUAAACCUAUCUCAAUGUCA